AUGUCUUUAAUCGGCACCUUACGGGGUGACUUACCACAGCAGACGCGAUCACUGUAUCGACAGUUAUUGCGCCAGAGCAAAGAAUUCAACUCCUACAAUUUCCGCGAAUAUGCGAGGCGACGGACCCGAGAUGCUUUCCGAGAAAAUGUUGCGGUACAAGAUUCGCGCCAGAUCCAAGAGCUGAUCCAGAAGGGGUUGAAGGAACUCCAGGCGAUGAAGCGACAAACAAUCAUUGGACAGUUCUACAAGAUGGAUCGAUUAGUAGUGGAGGGAGGACAAUCGGGCAAAGAAACCGGUCAAUCAGGAGAGAUAUUGAGGCAAAAAGACACAGGGCAUGACUAA